AUGCAAACACUCUACAACGCUCUAAUCCGCACUCAUCACAUAACCUCUCGUAAAAAGGUCGCCGCCCUCAAACGUGCCGCCGACACCCACCAAUGCUCCGUCCUCCUCCGGUCCGGCGGCUGUCCGGGCAUCAUGUACGUCGAAGGCCAGAAGGAGCGGGUGGAGAGUUGGGUCGACGUGGUGCGGAGGUUACGCUAUAAGGAUUUUCAGCUGGUGACGAGGCCGGGCAUUGUGGAGGAGGAUCGAGAUCACAAAGUGGAUGGGGAUGGACAACAGAAGGAAGGGGAUGGGGUUCUGCAGCUGGCAGUGGGUUUGGAUGAGGUGGAGAGUGUGAAGGAGUUUGGGGGGAUCAUGGCCAGGAGGGGAGUUUGGAAUUGGUGGCGGAGGGGGAUGGGGUAUGCUUGA